AUGGGUAAACUGCAAGUGAUUGAGAAGAAGUUCCAUUUUGGAUACCGCGUCUUCUACAAUCUCUUUCGCCUGUUCCCACUUCUCUAUUCGAACACUUGGCUCACUUUAUCACUGACUGCUCUCACUAUUGCUGCUUCUGUCGGAAAUGAAAUCGUAAACUACAAAACUGGAGUUAUUCCUGGAAAGUUUUACGCAGCUCUCGUCGAGCGAGAUGAACCUAAAUUCUGGCACAUUUUUUGGGUUGCUUCUCUGUGUUAUCUGGGAUUAUGCCUUUUGAUCGCUUUGAUGAACUUCUUCUCGUGGUGUCUCUACAUUCAACAACGCAAAAAUCUUGUCCAAUGCCUUCAUAAAAUCUAUUACACGAACAAUUUUUACUAUCAGUUAAAUGGAGUUGAUGAUCAUGGAAUUGACAACCCGGAUCAAAGAAUCACUCAAGAUGCUGACAAGUUAACAAAACUAUUGGGAACCAGCAUUAUUCCAACUGUAUUGUUAUCUCCAUUCAUCAUUUCAUAUUAUGGAGUCAAAGUUUGGACUACAUCCGGAGGAUGGGGAUUCGGAAUGAUCGUUGCUUAUUUUGCUUUUGGUGUCAUAGUCAAUAGAAUCCUAAUUGGUCCACUCACUCCAUGGGCAGCUAGAGUUGAGAAAGCGGAAGGAGAUUUCAGAUACAAACAUGUGUCGGUCCGUACCAAUGCAGAAGAAUCCGCGUUUUUCAAAUCUGCAGAAUUUGAGCACGUUUACUCCAACCUUUCUUUCGACGCACUAUUCAAAAGGCUCUUUGUCUUCAUGUGCUGGAAAUUCCCAUCUCAAUUUUUCCAAUCUUUCUUCGAUUACUAUGGCGCAUGCAUGUCCUAUAUUCUUCAACUUUUCCCACUUUUUGUUUUCCACAUGUACGACAAUUAUAAACCUGGGGAACUUAUCAAUCAAAUCAGUAAUAAUGCAUUCUUCUUCAUUUACCUUAUCAAUUGUUUCACGAGACUCACAGAUUUGGCUAUGAAUCUUGCGGAAUUGGGAGGAUAUAUCAUGAGAGUGAGCGAGUUUGUGGAUAAUGGAAAACUAUACGAAGCUGGAGUUGACAACGACGCCUUCCGUCGUAACUCCGAUCCUUCUGCUAAGACAUCAGGAGAUGAAAAUCUGAUUGAAGCGGAACAUUUAUCGUUCGGUCCACCAACCAAUUCUAAUAUCCGCAUUAUUGAAAAUUUGACAUUCAAUCUCCCACGUAACAAAACUAUGUUGAUCACUGGUGACAGUGGAAUUGGAAAGACCUCAUUAAUGAGAGUGAUUGCUGAUAUGUGGCCACAUCAAGGAAACCUGAGGAGAUUUUAUGAGAAACCAGAUGCUUACUUCUUGCCUCAAAGACCAUACUUCCCAGUUGGAAGAUUAUCUUUGAAACAGCAACUGAUGUUUCCAGCCAUGGGAGAUGUAGAGAAAAUCGGUGGAAAUGAUGAAGAGAUCGUUCGUAUUCUGCACGAGCUGAAACUUGGACACUUGUUGGCAAUUGUUGGAAAUCUUACUGACUCUGUUGACUUUGAAUGGCAAGAAACUUUGUCUCCUGGGGAACAACAACGUCUUUGUUUCGCUCGAAUGCUGCUCGCGGAGCCUACAAUUGUCUUCCUCGAUGAGUCGACGUGCAAUGUAGAUGAAGGAAUUGAGAACUCGAUGUACGAAAUGCUCAGAAAGCGAUCCAUCACCUACAUCACCGUCGGUCACCGAAAAUCUCUCCGAAGCCAUCACGAUUUUGAACUUCGCAUUCCAUCAUCGACCUCUUUCCUGUUUCAUGAAAUUCACAAUCAGAAGUUUUAA